CCUUCUCUCACGUAACAUUGCAUCCCGGCUCCUUGAAAUCCCUACUGAAUUUGGAGAACUUGUCUCUUGGUGUCUGACGUGCUUUCCUGGAACAGUGUGAUGUUGACGACAUAGCCCCGUCCCUCCACUUGACAAUAAGUUUGCUUGUCUCAUUGCCCUUGAUUAUUCAGUGGUGAGUAAGAAGAGAAGUGGAAAGCCUUUCCUACCCCAGUUUAUUAUAUGUUUCACGCCUAGGCUCUUUUAUAAUGCCACUUGUGAAUAAAUUGAUCAGAUUAGCAUGAAUCACCUGGCUGGCCAAUAGAGACUGGAAUGAUUCUCCACGUGUGACUUGGUUGCAUUAUUACAAAAUGUGGCAGGAUAGACCUGCCCAGCCAUCGUUGCUGAUGCUCAUUUGUAAUGCUGUCUUAAGGAGAUGAGGCGAUGAGAGCAAAUUGUUCCAGCAGCUCAGCCUGCCCUGCCAACAGUUCGGAGGAGGAGCUGACUGUGGGACCGGAGGCACAUGGGAGCCUGGAACUUGUUUUCACAGUGGUGUCAGCUGUUAUGAUGGGUCUGCUCAUGUUCUCCUUGGGAUGCUCUGUGGAGAUCCGAAAGCUCUGGUGGCACAUCAGGAGACCAUGGGGCAUUGCUGUGGGACUGCUCUGCCAAUUUGGGCUCAUGCCUUUGACAGCCUAUCUCCUGGCCAUCAGCUUCUCUCUGAAGCCAGUCCACGCUAUUGCUGUUCUCAUCAUGGGGUGCUGUCCCGGGGGAACCAUCUCGAACAUUUUCACCUUCUGGGUUGAUGGAGAUAUGGAUCUCAGCAUCAGUAUGACAGCCUGUUCCACAGUGGCCGCCCUGGGAAUGAUGCCACUCUGCCUUUACCUCUACACCUGGUCCUGGGAUCUUGCGCAGAACCUCACCAUUCCCUAUCAGAACAUAGGAAUUACCCUUGUGUGCCUGACCAUUCCUGUUGCCUUCGGUAUCUGUGUGAAUUACAGGUGGCCAAAACAAUCAAAACUCAUUCUCAAGGUUGGGGCCGUGGUUGGUGGGGUCCUCCUUCUGGUGGUCACAGUUGCUGGUGUGGUGUUAGCGAAGGGAUCGUGGAAUUCAGACACCACCCUUCUGACCAUCAGUUUCAUCUUUCCUCUGAUCGGCCAUGUCACAGGCUUUCUGCUGGCACUUCUUACCCAUCAGUCUUGGCAAAGGUGCAGGACAAUUUCCUUGGAAACCGGAGCUCAGAAUAUUCAGAUGUGCAUCACCAUGCUCCAGUUGUCUUUCACAGCCGAGCACUUGGUUCAGAUGUUUAACUUCCCAUUGGCCUAUGGACUCUUCCAACUUGUGGAUGGAGUUCUCAUUGUUGCAGCAUAUCAGAUAUACAAGAGGAGACUGAAGAACAGACCCAGAAAAAGGAACCCAGAUUGUGCAGAAGUCUGCCAUGACAAAAAAUGCAGAGAGGCCAGUGCUUUCUUGGAGGUGCAUGAAGAAGCUGCUGGAACCCUUGAGCCAUCAGGACCAAUGGAUCGCCACAGGGCUCUGGAGCCCAUUGGCCACGUCACUUCAUGUGAAUAGUGGGGACUUGCUGGCCAGAGUGUGGUCUUCUGUCUUCCUCAGUGAUGGGUAAAGACGGGGCCGCGCGGAUGCAAUCUCCUUGGUUGGCAGGACCUGUGUGAAUAGUUAAGUGUCAGAUGUUAGAAUACUUAUAUUUUUGUGUGGAUUGUGCAAUGUCAUAGGAUCACUUUUUGAGAGUGUAUUCUGCCCAUUUCAGGGAGUUUUGGGGGGUUUACACUGGGUUUUUCCUAGCUGCUGUGUGUGUUCUUGUUGUCCCAUGAGGUGAAUAGUGCCACCUGGCAGGAGGUAAUGCCCUUUAUUAUGUAAAGUUGUCUCUUGUUUGGAUUUUAAUCUAAUGACAGGACUCUGUGUAGAGGUGAUAUCAUCUCUGCCAGGCAAGGUAGGGUCUGGAUCCACAUAACUUCCUGACUUUGGGCAGGUCCUUGGGAGUACAAGGGAGGACACAGUUGUGAAAAAUGGGGCCCUUUUCUAAAUGAUUGUUUCUUAAGGGCUUGAAUACCUUUUUGAUUAUAGAUGUAAUAUAAGCUUAGAGGGAAUUUGAAGUAAACAGGUUAAAAAGUGUAUGAAUUCCUCAUAUUUUCAUUCCCUAGAGAUAGACAUAUGUCUUUCUAAUCUUCAUGUAUAUAGACUGAGUCAUUCAAAAAAUGUUCAAUAUAUUCUGUAUUGAAAGUCAUUUGAUGACAUAUGAUAGAACAUCUCUACACUUCAGUUUGUGUUUACCUACCUCAUUCUUUAGAACAGUGGCUGCAUAGAUAUAUUGCAUUGCAUAGAAGGACUAUAAUUUAUUUAACCCAUCUUUAUAACUUUCAAUUUAUUUGGUAUUGCAGUGCUGCUACACUACCCUUGCCUGUGUGCAAGCUCAGGAGACUCCAUUCCUAUGAUUGGAUUGGGCAGGCCCGUUGCCCAUAGAAAUAUUGGACAGAUUGCUCUUUGGCAAUGUGGCGCAGCAGUACCGAGAGGGUCCAGUUUCCCAUGGUUUCACCAGUCUAAGGAAGAUUUUUUUUUUUCUUUUUGGUACUCGGGAUUGAAUCCAGGGGUGUUCUGCCACUCAGAUACAUCCCCAGCUAUUUUAUUUCUUAUUUUGAGACAGGAUCUCACUAAGUUGCCAAGGCUGGCUUCAAACUUGUACUCCAAAGAGUUUUGGUCACUUUGACUUGUGAAAACAUCUCUUUAAAAUUACAUAUUCAAAACUACAAGCAAAGUAGAGCAUUUUCCAUGAUCAUGUGCCCAUUCAUGUCCUUUGCCUGCUUUUCUGUUUUAUUUUUUCAUAGGUUGAUUUAUAGAUUUUAACAUGAUAGUGACUAUGUAUAUGUUCUAUGUAUUAUCAACGUUUUACCUAUUAUGUAUAUUAUCUCAUUUUUACAAAGUGUCUCUUGUUGUACAAUUUUGUAUUUUUUACACAUUCAGUUUUAGUAAUCUUUUUAAAAAGUUUUAAGAUGGGCCCAGUGGCACAUGACUUAAUCCAAGCUACUUGGGAGGCUGAAGCAGGAGGAUCAAAAGUUCAAGGAAACUUACCGAGACCCUGUCUCAAAUAAAAUAAAAUUUAAAAAGGGCUGGAGAUGUAGCACUUGCAUAGCCACAUGCAAGGCCCUGGGUUCCAUCCCCAUCAAUGCACAAAAAUAAAAUUAAAAAAAAUAAAGUUCAGAUACUUCUGGAUUCAGGAAGAUUUUAAAAGAUUGACACAAGUUUUGAGGAUAUAGCUCAGUGGUACAGCACUUGCCCUAGUAUGCAUGAAGCCGUAAGUUCAAUUCCCAGCACUGCCAAAAAAAACUCCUCAAAACAGGACAAAGUGUUAGGUACUAAGGAAUGGUGGAAACUGAAGCAGACAUGGAAAGGUACACACUUCCACUGUGCAUGUUUUCUUUGUCCUUAUUAACAGGACUGAGAUUUUGUUCAGUGUUGCAAAAUGCCUAGCUAAAAGUAUUUUUUUUUCUCUUGAAGUUAGAGGUGUGCAUGUGACAAAAUUCUUGCUAAUAAGAUUGAAGCAGAAGUCUGCUUAUGGUUCCUGGGGAGUCUUGCUUUCUUGCCCUAGGCACCGACAGACCCUUUCUCCUUGUCAGUUUCUAUUUCCUUUUGGAUCAUAGAUGUAAUAGCAGAGCUGCCCCAGCAAUCUAGAUCAUGAAGGGGAAAGAUCAGGAUAAUUAUAGAACUUGUGACUUAUUUUUUUUUUUCCUUUUCAUUCCUGGAGAUUGAAUUCUGAAGAUUUUAUGCAUGCUAGGCAAGUGCUCUCUCACGAGCUACACUCCCAGCCCUUUUAAAUUUUGAGUGUCUUGCUAGGUUGCUUGGACAGCCUCUAACCUUGUCUUCCUUCUGCCCCAUCCUCCUGAGUAGCUGGGAUUACAGGCAUGUGCCUCAGUGCCUGGCAAGCUGUUGACAUUCUUGAGCUAUAGAAUCAAUCCUAGCAACAGCCAACUUCUGAAAUUGUUUCCUUAAGGAAAGGAAAUAAAUCUUUCAUUUGUGUAAGCACAUUUGGUUGUUUUUUUGAUACUUGCACUCAAACACAUUCCCAAACCAGUGUAUUAAAAUUUUAUUGGUUUUAAAAUUUUAUGUGGGCUAGCCUAUAAUUUGUCACAUUUAUCUGCACCAUAACAAGGUAUCUUGAAUAUUUCUGAAUUAAGGAAAAUAGGAAUCUUUUCUUUCAUUAUCAACAAGCAUAACCGUGGUAAGCUGUUCUUUUAAUUUCUUGGAUUUAUCACAUUACAUUUCAAUAACUAGUUAUUUUUAAAUGAAGAGAUCUGGCAGGCUGCUCUGAAGCCACAGAUUUAAAAAAAAGUCUUAUCUCUUCUCAACACACAUUUUUCUCCUGUUUAUCAUAACAAUUCAGAAACAUCUAUACUAAUGACAUGUACCAUAGUUUUGAUUUUGAGAUAAAAUUAUGUUUUUAAUUCUCUAGUGCUCAGGAUUAUACUAAGAUACCAUUUGUUUUUUAAUUAACACACAUUCCUUGUUCAUAAUAAUGGGAUUCAAUGUUACAUCUCCAUACAAGCAUACAGCAUGCCCUGAUCAUAUCCAUCCACCCUUGCCCUCACCCCACUUUCUCAGUCCUUAGUAAGUAUCAUUCUUUAAGGCAGACCUUUUUUUUUUUUUCCUUCCUUUUUAGUUUUCACAUAUAAGAGGGAAAUUGCAGUACUUGUUUUUGUGUCUGGUUUUUUGUUUUGUUUUAACACAAUAUUCUCUAGUUCCAUCCAUUUUGUUGCAAAUGACAGGAUUUCACUUUUCUUUAUAGUUGAAUAAUACUCUCUCAUGUGUAUAAUACCAUAUAUUUUUUGUAUCCAUCCAUCUGUUGAUGGGCACCAAAGCUGAUUCUAUAUCCUAGCUAUUGUGAACAGUGCUGCAAUAGACAUGGACAUGCAGGUGUCCCUUUGUAUGAUUUUAUUUUCUUUGGACACCUACCCAGGAUCAGGAUACCCAGAUCAUAUGAUAGUUCCAUUUUCAGUGUUUUUGUGAAACCUCUAUGAUUUUCCUCAUGGUGGCUAAACAAAUUUACAGUCCACCAACAGUUUAUGAGUGUUUGUUUUCUUUACAUCUUAUCCAGCAUUUGUUAUUUUAGAAUAUAUUUUGGUUCACUUUUAUACAUAUCUUCUAUUAAGACUUGUACUUUCCCUUCUCUAGCACUGAGUUGUCACAGGGAAACAGCUGUUCGGCCAACUACACUUUCCAGCUUCCUGGUACUUGGGGGCUGUCAAUCAGCCAGUUCUUGCUGAUGGAACGAGUGGCAGUGAUGUGCUUCACUUCCAGUCCUGGCCUGCCUAAUAGAACCCUCUCCACAUGUUCUCUUUUUCCUUCUGGCUGUAGGAAUGGAGAUUCACAGGAUGACCUUGGAAGCACAUUUGUUAAUCAUAGAACUUCCAUCAGCCUGAGUUCUUAAAAAUGGAGAAAGGAGAGCUGCCCUGUUGGGUCGUUUGCCUGCCCAGAUUUGUUAUAUAAACUAGAAAUAAACUAUUAUGCUUGAUCCACUAAGUUUUGGGUUUAUGUUUUAUAAUACUUAGCUAAUACAAAGUCUGUGAGGAGUUAGGCUGUCUUUAUACAUUAAUGUGAUAUUUGAGUUUUUUCGGUGCCUGGGCUCUGUGGCCUCAUCUUUCUAAACAGAGUGGUUUUAGCAAGUGAC